UGUGGUGAAUGCUUCUAUCCGAAUAUUUGGACCAUUUUUUGUUUUAAAUUCAACUGGGAUGCAAUAAGAGGUAAAACGUGAUUUUCUGCCUCCGUACCCAUCAACUUCAAGCUCGGUUCUAUUUUUAGAUUCUUCAUUUAAGAUUCCUAGUCGCCGAGCAAAUUUUUCACAAAUUAAGGUACAGGUAGCCCCGGGAUCCAUCAAUGUGAAACCAAAAAUUCCUUCCUUAUUUGUAUUUAAAUAUUCAACAUUUUUUGUCACGAGUAAUGUUUUAACUUUUUCUCCUUUCAGGGCGAGUGAAUUGAUUUUUUCUGUUUCAUUAAAUUGGUCAUAACAGUUAACUUUUAAAGUAUUUAUUAAACAACUAAUGUCCUCCUUGUAAAAUUUUGGUUCGGAAACUGUAUGAUCAUUUGUAGUAAUUUUAUUGGUUUGAGUGUGUAUAGGGGCAGUUACUUGAUAAGUUGCUUGAGAAGUUGAUUGAAUUAGAGGUUUAUUUGUUUGUUGGUAUCUUCCGAAAUUCUCUUCCCUUAUAUUAUGGACAUUUUCGUGUUUGGACAAUGUUUUAUGACAAAUGGCGAAAUAGUGUGGUGCUGAACAAUUUUUACAUUUAAUUUUAUUAUUUUGACAGAAUUUAGAUAUAUGACCCCUUUCAAAACAUUUUAUACAUUUGCGCAUUUCUUUCAGGCGCUGGAUUCUUGCCUCCGCAUUUUGAUAUUUUUUGCAUUGCAUAGAACUAUGAUUAUCUAUUUCGCAGAAUGCACAUGGUCGUUUUUCUUUUUUUCUAUCAUUGGGAUAUUGCUUUAUCUCUGUUCUCCUAUCCCUCCAAUCCGAAUUCUUAUUUGA